AUGUCUGCCAAGGUCCCGCGCAACUUCCGCCUGCUAGAGGAGCUCGAAAAGGGCGAAAAGGGUCUCGGAGCUGAGGCCUGCAGCUACGGCUUAGAAGACGGAGAGGACUUGCUCAUGUCCAACUGGAACGGAACCAUCCUGGGACCUCCUCAUUCUGCCCACGAAAACCGCAUCUACAGCCUCAAAAUGCACUGCGGCGAGAAGUACCCUGACGAGCCCCCGUCCAUCCAGUUCGUCAGCCAGGUCAACCUCCCCUGCGUCAACCCCCACAACGGCGUCGUCGACCCCAAGCAGCUGCCCUGCCUGGCUCAGUGGAAGCGUGAGAACACCAUGGAGAUGGUCUUGAUUGAGCUGCGAAGAUAUAUGGCCGCUCCCGCCAACAAGAAGAUCCCCCAGCCCCCCGAAGGCUCUACAUACUCAUAAUCACCAAUGGCAAUACCGGGGGCCGCAUAAGUCAGGGAGAGGAGGGGCGUUCGUAGAUGGAAAAGCAAACAGGGUAAACAGACACACGUGGAACCUCUCUUUCAGCCAACAAUACAUGGUUCCACCACACGCCGUCAAUCACGAAGAAUCACGUAGCGCAUCUUCUUUCAAGCGCAAAAUCUCAUCCACAAUAUUGUUCAAAGUUUGGGAAGCACGAAAAUCAUAUUUCUCAUUCC